AACGCAAAUCGUGCAGCCAUGACUGAAGUGUUCACUAUUGGCUCCUAGGAAAAGUUUCGCAAAGGUCAGUUCUCACCGAAGAGUCCCCAUCAACGGACACCUUAUUUAAUCACCACCGUUUCUAGACUCAGCCACCCCCUCCUUUAUUUUUUUUUUUCUCAGUUCUCAAAACAGUGCCGAGGCCAGAGGAAACCUUUCAGCACGUGACGUGGUGUCAAUAGGAUAACGGCUUUUGUGAGGAACAAAGUGGUGGGUAGUAGGGGUGUGACUUUUGUGAACCUUAUCACGUAGGCUAGCUCGAAAGCUGGGGGUUAGCCGACACCUUGGUCACGGGUUAGCUGGCCAUUCUUUCAUUCACACCAGGACUCUAGUCGGGGUCACGUGGAUCGAAGGUGCCGCGUGGAUACUUGACAAUGAUACGGGUCCAAAUAACUCUUUGAGGAGAAGGGGGAGGGAAAUUAAAAAGUCAAGACGUUAGCUUGUUACCUGGUAGCUACUAGUAAAUGUUGCCGUUUCUGAGAGUUUGUAGUCCACUUCGGGCUUAUCACAGACAGACAGAUUAUUCAAUGGCUUUCAAAGAACAACUAUCAGAAGCUAGUGAUAGUGUGGAACUGACAGAACAAGUGGUAUUAGUUCGCACCAGGGCACAGGAUUUAGAAAGCAUUAAAAAAUUGAACUGUUGGGGAUCAAGCAUUGGAGAUGUUAAAAUAGUUCGUCGAAUGCCAAAUUUAGAAGUCUGCAGUUUAAGUGUCAACAAAUUGACAACGUUGCGUGACUUUGCACACUGUUUCAAUUUAAAGGAGCUUUAUGUACGAACUAACAACAUUCAAUGCCUUGGAGACAUUCACUACUUGAAGAAUUUACCAAAACUUCGAUCAUUAUGGCUGUCAGAGAAUCCUUGUGCCAACACUGACAAUUAUAGAAUGACAGUAUUAAAGACAUUACCUCAGCUACAGAAACUUGAUAAUGUUGUUGUUACAAGUGAAGAAAUGACCAGAGCUACUGAAGAGGGUCAAGAUCUGCCAGUACCUCAAGAUUUCUCUUACUCUGCAGUUUUUGUUGACAACACAGAGGAGGCCAGCAGCAGAAGCUCUUCUGAGUCUUCAGAAAAAUGGGCCCUUCCUAGAAGGAAACGCCACCAGAAGAAGAGAGAUGAUCUGAUGAAAGAAAGAAUGAGCUAUGAAGAGGAAUGUUUGGUGAGCAUAGACAGAAAGGGAAAUUGUGAUUCACUGGAAACCACCAUGGGAAGGAGGAUUUCACAGACUGAUGAGAGCUGCACUGAUGCUGAUGAUAAAGAUGUUGGCACAGAAAAGAAUGAUGAUAAUUCUAAUGAAAGUAUUAUUGAAUUCCAAACAACUCCGGAGAGCUUAGUAGGUACAGAUUCUCCUGGCAGAAUUAAGAGUGAAGAUACUAAUUUCAACUGUAGCAAUGAUACUUUGACCAAUGGAUUAUUUAUUGUGGAUAAUAUUGAGGAUGAAAGUCAUGAGUCUGCUAUCAAUGUAAAUUGCAGUAUUGAAAAAUUAACUGAAUCUUCAAAUGUUGAUGUAAUUAAAACUGUGAACUUUGAAGAUAUUCUUUCUCUAAGCAGUAAAGCAGAAAAAGAAAGGGAAUUGACCAAUAGAAAUUCUAAUUUGGUGUUAUCACAAAGUUCUGAAACAACUAGCUUAACAUUAUCUAUGCCACACAAAACUGAAACUAGCACCCAACUAUCAACCAGCUUUACUUGUGAUGAUGAGCCUUUAAUUUCAAAUGUUGACCCUCCCAACAUGUUUGUUACCUCUAAUGUAAACUGCACACUACAUGGCAUGAGUGAGCUAUCUGCAGAAGUGAGAAAUGAGGAUCCCAUCACCAGACAAUGUUCUUUAUUGGACCGGAUCAAGCUGGAUGAUUCAUUGAACCUGAGUGAGCUGUCAACUAAAGAAAUAAAUUUGGAAAAUUCUCUUAAACAACCGGAGACUGAAAAUUCUACAGAUUCAUUCCAUUUGUCUAAGCAAUGGGAGGGUGCCAGCAUUCAGUCAUCUAUGAGUUCAUUGCAUGGUGCUAGCACCCUGUCGUCUGUGACUUCUUCUUAUUUUGGUAAAGAAAGUAAAGAUCCAGUGAACUGGGAGGAAUACAAUCGUCUUAGAAAAGAGAUUGGUGUGAAACCGAUAGAGCCUCCAUUAAUAUCCUCCAGACUGACAAACAAUGAUGUCAUCAAAACAAGGAAUUCUAACAUUCUUCAGGCUGUGCUAAGUUUAGUUAAGGAAUUGGAUAAAGAUAGUCUCCAUAUUGUUUUACAUUCUGUUAAGGGCAGGCUGGAUGGAAUUUGAAGGCUGCUAGUGGAAGUUUUAUGGGAAAAAAAGUAUGAAUCAACUUCAUGCAAGAAUUUCGAUACCAAAACAAUAGCACGCUAUUUCAUUUGACUUUACUAAAAGACAUUCUGAAAUAUUUCAUUUUGUCUUUAUGUUCUAUGAUAGAAAAGAAGAUUGUUAUUUUACAAAAUUCUAAGUAAAUUUCUAAAUGUAUUUCAACAAUGUCUGAAAGCUUGGUCCAUUUUUUUCCAAGUAUGUUAUUAUGUGCAAAUGUGAUUAAAAUUUAAAACACUAUAAUGCACAGUUAAUGUAUUAUGUUAAAAAAAAAGUACCAUUUUGACUCAGUAUUCUGUAAUGUGUACAGUAUAUAAUUGACAAAUUGACAGGCUGAACAUAUGUACACUCCACAUUUGUGGAUGUUUCUUUUUGGUACUUCAGAAAGUGAUUCAUUCUGUUCCAGACAACAUUAUGCUGUAGCAAUAUUAUAUCCUCAAAACUUUAAUUCAUUUUUGUUCUGUUGAUGUUAAGGUCUUAAAGGAAGCUUUUAGACUUAUUAAUGACAAUGACAUUGUUUUAUUCUAGAAGUGUUCUGUCAAGUUUUUAAUGACAUUAUUUACAUAAAAUGUAACUGCUGUGUACAAAAAAUAACAACUGAAUAAUGUUAACUAUCUAACAAAAGUGUUUCUGCCUGAAUUAGUUUUCUUAUAGACAUUACUAAUGAGUUACAUUCUCUAUUACUUUAUAUUUUAAACAAAAAAAAAGUUAUUUUUCUGAGUCUUACCAUUACAAAAUGUUGAUUACUGUGUAUUAAGGCUUAACUUUGAGGCUUGAUUCUUGUAAAGCUAUUUGUCUACUUUUAAAGUAAGAUAUUAUAUUUUUUUUAUUUACCAUUAAUUAUAGUUUUUCAUUUAUUCACUUGUAGUAUUGAUCCUGUUGAUUUAGUUGAAAUAAUAUGUUACAAGACACCAAUUCAAAACAAUGAUGGUUGAUAUAAAAAAAGAGUUAUUGAAGUCCACUUGUGCACACUUAUUUAUAAAAUCUGAAAAGUGUUAAACAAUUUGUGUUGAAAUAGCCGUCCAAUAUUUAAAACAAAAUACUGUGAUUCAACAUUCCGAGAAUGUUGAAGGUCAAAUUUUUUUAUUAUUAUUUUUCCAAAUAUAUAAACAAUGUUUAUUUAAUAUAUAUGUUAUAUUUAUUUAUCGCCUAUUUUACAUACUCUUGUUCUAAUUUAGAAGUUUUCCACAGUAUAACAAUGUCAUUUCAUUAACGCUUACUUCUUCUUCUUCUAGCCAGCUUUAUUGCUGCUGAGCUGUGAGCUCUUUUGCAGACUGUGCCAAGGAAAAAAAGUGUGCUGUUUUCUUUAUUAACGCUUACAAAAUUGUGUCCACACUUAUCAAGAUCUAGUAGAAUUGAAAAGAUUUUACAAUUUAUUGAUCACCACAAUUAAAACUCUGUUUAUUGUUACAAAUAGGUCAGAUAAUUAACUAAAUAUUAAUUGUAUAUUACAACAAUUCAAUAUAUCAGAGGUUUCGCUAUUGUUCUCAAGUAUUCUAUUACAUUGAAAACAAAAACUUGUCUGUUGUAUUAUUUUCUUAUAGAUAUCUGUGCAUUGUAAAAGUAUUUUUAUUCAUGACAAUAUUGUACAUUCUGUUGCAAUUAAUUUAUAGUAACCUCAAUUUAUUUACCAAUUUAUGAAUACUUAAUUUUUGGAACAUUAAAAUAUUAAAGUACAAAUAUGGUUUAGGCGAUUGCCAUUUCAUUGUAUGUUUGUUUCACAGCUUUAUGCUCUUCAUGGCAUUUAAAGUUUUUGAAAAUAAUCUUAACCAUUUAGUAGGUUACAUGUAUUUGCUAAGGUACAUGAUAGUAACUCUUAGAUGGUCUUUCAUGAGGUGACUAGUAAUCAGGAAGUUCAUGUAUUAUUUAAGAAGCUUGAAGAAUUUAGGAUGCAGUUUUAACCCACUAGUGCCUAUUGCAGUAGGAUGUGUCCUUUACAGGAUUAGUCUUAUGUGGUAGAAUGUGUUGGGAUACUAUGAUUAUUUUUUAAAAACUUUCCUAUAGGAAGAGCUCAUCAUGUCUUGUUUAGAAUGAGAACGAGGACAUUCUUUUUAGUGAAAACCAGAUAUGUUUAGCUAUUUUAUUCAUUUUGUAAACAAACAUGCCUGUAUCCCCCAUCCUGGAAGUUGAGUUUUUAACCUUGCUUAUAUUCUAAAGGUAUUAAAUGGGUAUAUUAUGUCAAAAUUGACUUAUUUUAUACACUUGUUUAUUGGUUAGUUUUUUGUGUAAUAUAGUUAUUAUUAUUUUGAAAAAAUUUUGUUGUCUUUAUUUUUUUUUUUAAUUCAGAGGCAAAAAAAGUUUUUCGGGCAGGAAAUAGAUGCCACUGGGUUCAAGUAAGAGCUGAGUCAUAGACUUGUAUAUACUAUAUCUAGACUGGACAUGGAGAUUUUUUAACUCUACAAAAAAAUGUCAUGGAAAUUUUUUUAAAGUUGAAACAAGGCGUUGUUUUGUAAAAUAGUUAUCAGAAGUAAUGUUGUUUUUUUCAACCCUAACCUAUGUAACAUAUAAUUUAAUUUUUAGAUCUAUAUCUAGUAAUUGAACAUCAAAAAUAAGAGUACUUUCGUCUCAUAAUUAUUAUUUUGCAAUUUUUAGAUACAUAAUCUAGAAAGAUCUAGGUAAUCAAUCUAUUUAAAUAUGAAUUAUUUCGAUCUAGGAUUUUUGAAACAUUAUCUCAAUGGAAACAAACAGGAAAUGGCUUUGUUUCAUAUAUUUGCUAGAAUAUCUGAGAAAUGAUUUUGCAUUAUUUCUAAACUUUCAAAACUAAAGAUCAUUACUUUUCUAAGAAAACAUUGAUUGGGGAGACUCCCCUUAGAGCCUGAAAAAGAGUUUACGUACAUAAAAUAUAUAUAUAUAUAUAUAUAUAGGUCUGUGAAUCGAUCAAUCGCAGAUAAGAAUUUGUUUCUGGUUUCCAGUCUAGUAUAAUAUACAAAUCUAUGAGCUGAGUAUUUGAACAUUGACUAUUUUGAAUAGGCUUUGUGAAACAAAUUUCAAUAAAAUCAAAAGCUCAAACUAGAGUUAUUCUGUUGAUGAAGAUAUUUUUCCCAAUAUUUCACUAACAAGAUCAGCUCAUGAUAUUGUUGAAAUAAGAUCAUGCUGUUAUUUACAAAUGUAAAUAAAUAUACAUUCAUUGAAAAGAAAAAAGUAUUUUAUGUUUUUAAAUGGUCAAUA